ACUGACAGUAGUGGCAGCGAUAGUAGCAGAGGCAGAAAAAGUUGAAAAUUGUUAUAAUUAGAUUUAUAAUAGGAAAUAAAGCAAUGUCAAUUAAAAUCAAAGCAAUAAUUGAAUAAAAAUAACCAAUAAAAGCCUCGGAGGUGUAAUUCCAUAGAGAAAAAGUACUUAGGCAAAAACAAACAAAUAAGAUUUAAUUUACUAAAGUGACAACAACGACGGUGGCGAAGUAGACGACCUCCAUUCAAGGAAGAAGCGAAUUCCAAAAAUUGUGGAAAACCAAAGUGUGUCUAAACAGUGCUAUCACACUAAAUUAAACAAAAUAAAAAAAAUCUCAAACAGAUGUGCAAUUUAAUUAAGUAAAUAAAUAAAAUCAACUUGUAUAUAAAGUAAUGGCCGGCAGAAUGCGUAACACAACAAAAGUUGAGGCACUUAUUGAAAGCUGUCGCAGUGAAGGGAAAUGGCAACGAGUCAUCGAGCUGACAGAGGAACUUAAAACGGGCUCGCCAAAUAAUGAAUGCCUUGCGAAUUUUCUAAUUGGUGAGGCUAAACUUGAAAACUACCUCGAAGAAAAUGCACCCAUCGAAAGUAAUUUUGCCAAAUCCAAAACUGGUCUACAAGAUGCGCGACGCUGUUUACAGUUAGUUACCGGCGAAAAUGGACAGAAAGCGGGCAUUGCAUUAGAUGCAUAUUUACUAUUGGCUAAGCUGUGCUAUGCCUGUGGUGAAUAUGAGAAAAGUUUGGAAAACUUUGUUAAAGCUGAGCUCAAUACGCUCGCUGAGAAAGAAUUGACGCUGCGCAGUUUAAAAAUCUUAGCAGAAUCGUAUGCCAUUAAAGGUUUGUGUUUGGAAAAUCAGACGAACAAGCCCACGUCAAAAUUCAAAAAAGCGGAAAAGGAGGCAGAAAUGAUUACUUGCUUCGAACGUGCCACUGACUUGGGCCUGCUGUAUUUGCAAGAGCAGGAUAUUGCCUCAUAUUCAUCAGCGACGAACAGUGCCGCCAAUGCGGGUUCAAUGCUAGCCAUUAAUACAACUGGUAAUAUGAGUGGCAUGCAGUCUUCAUUGGGAGGCAGUAGCCUUACCAUUAGCACCACCAUACCUACCAAUCCACUAGAACUUAAACGUCAUAUGGGUGCCAUACUUGAAACGGCGCUGCAACGUGCACCUAUUGUGCUCAUCAAGGCGGGCAAAUUGCAGGAAGCCAUUGAACGAUAUCGCGCUAUGUUGAAUGCUAUAGAAACAAAAACAACACAGUCAUUGCGUUUAACACUGGCACGACAAUUGGCGGAGGUGCUGCUGCGCGGCGUCUCAGGCACAAUUUAUACAGCACCCUUCACAAAGAAACCGGCAGGUCAAGCGUUACGUUCGACGGCCACAAAACGUUUGUGGAAACCACGAAAAUAUGCGGCACGAAAUCAAUUUACACCGCGCAAUCAUCAUGAAGAAACACUACUGCUCUUAUUAAUUUCAGAAGCGUUAGCAGUACGUGAUACAGUACUCUCACAAAGUCCAGAAUUUCGUGUGGCACGUCAACAUGCUAUGGGUAACGCCUCUGCUGUUUAUGAUCUGCUCACACUCGCCACAGUGCGUUGGGGUUUAGUCAAUAUGUUGCAGGAAUCAUUUGAAAAGGCGCUGAAAUUCUCAUUCGGCGAACAGCAUGUAUGGCGACAGUAUGGUAUAAGUCUAAUGGCUGCGGGCAAGCAUGCGCAUGCGUUACGUGUGCUGCAGGAAUCUAUUAAGCUGACGCCAAGUGAUCCGCUACCCUGUUUGCUAGCAGCGCGUCUAUGCUACGAGUCGCUGGCAUUAAUCAAAGAGGGUCUGGACUUUGCACAUCAGGCGCUCAAGCGCGAAACAAAGGGCUUACGUCCCACACGCAGUCAACUUUUUGUCGGUAUUGGCUAUCAACAAUUGGCUAUACUCACCACACUCAAAUCGGAACGUGAUCAAUACAAUAAGCUGGCAUUGGAUGCACUUGAAAAGGCGGUACAAAACGAUGACAACGAUCAUCUCUGUGAAUAUUAUCUCUCAUUACAAUAUGCAUUAGUCGGUAAUAUUGCCGACGCGUUAACGCAUGUACGUUUCGCACUCGCCUUACGUACCGAACAUGCACCCAGUUUGCAUUUAUUCGCUUUGCUAUUAACCGCAUCGCGUCGUCCGCGCGAGGCAUUGGGUGUUGUGGAGGAUGCGCUCGAUGAAUUUCCAGACAAUUUAAAUUUACUGCAUGUUAAAGCCCACCUGCAAUUGCAUUUACAAGACGCCGAAUUAUCACUGGUCUCAGUGCAAAAGAUGCUUGCCAUUUGGCGUGAAUUGUACGAGGGACAAGUGUGUGUGGAGGAGGAAAAACACUCGGAUACGAGAAGUAUUGUGGUGCAUGUGAAUCCGAAUGCGGUCUCAUCGCAAAUGUCCGACAAGGAUUCGAAUUCUGUGUAUGCUGCUUCAUUGGCAGCAGUUUCACGCGUCGAACAGGCUCUGAGUGAAGCCGCCAGUUCGUUGAGUUCAUUUACACCACGCCCCGGACCACAACGGCCUUGGAUGAUACAGAUUAAAAUUUGGUUACUCCUCGCAGAUGCCUACCUGAAUAUCGAACAACCGCAUGAGGCGCUGAAUUGCAUACAAGAAGCAUCACAAAUCUAUCCGCUCUCUCAUCAAAUUAUGUUUAUGCGUGGUCAAAUUUACUUGUAUCUCGAACAAUGGAACGAUGCAAAACAGUGUUUCCUUAACGCCGUCUCAGCCAAUCCAAAUCACACGGAGGCACUACGGGCCCUCGGCGAAACUCAUCACGUGCUGGGUGAGCCGCGGUUGGCGGAGAAAAUGCUAAAGGAUGCUGCACGUUUGGAUCCCAACUGUCCGAAGAUAUGGUUCAGUAUGGGCAAAGUUAUGGAAACGCUGGGUGAUUACACUGCCUCUGCUGAUUGUAUGGCAACAGCAUUGCAAUUGGAGCCAACAUGUCCAGUACUUCCAUUUACCUCAAUACCACUGACCUUCGAUUGAGUGCGACAAAUGCAAAAGCAGACCAUUUCGUUUAUUGUUAUUGUCAUUUUUAAUGUUGUUUGGUGGUUGGUGGUAGUGCAAUGAUUUAAAAUGCGGAUGUAUGCUGAAUAUGUACACACCAUACUACAUAUAUGUAAGCAAACUAAUAACAGGACAGAAGUUAAUGUGCACUUAACGGUUUGGUAGUGUGUGUAUGUGCGUAGAAAACAUUUACUUUAACUAACAAAUUAUAACUUAGUAAACUUUAUUGGUGUGUUGUAUUAUUAGCAAAUGUUACACUAGUUAAUUGUUAAUUAUACACCGUUAAACUCUUCUUUUUUUUUGUAAUUUAUUCAUUAUAUAUUUUAUAUAUAAUAUAAUUACAUACAUGUAUAUUAUAUAUUGUAGAAAUUUUAAGUGUAUAUGUGCGUAAUUAACUUAAAGACAUACGGUAAUUGACGGGACCCUUCAGUUUAGAAAUGUAGUUUCAUUUAGAACAAAAACAACAACUAAAAUAGAACGAGUUUGAAUAUUGCAAUAUUUAAAAAUUGAAUUGAAAAUACUAACUGUAAAUUGUUAGAAGAAAAAUUGUGUGUUUCAGGAAUUUAUAGUUAUACAUUUAUCUAUAUGCAUACACAUACACACAUAUUUAAUACAUUUAUCAAUAAUUAAUAUACAUUUGCAUAUACUUAUAUACAUAUACCUCCUAAACAAACGUAUGCACAUAAUACAAGAAAAAUAACUGUCUAAAUAUUAUUGUAUUUAAGAAGUAGUAAAAUAUUUACAAUUACAUAAUCCUCAUUCCUUAUACCUAACAAAUACUAGUAUCAAUAUACAUAAAUACAUACAUACUCAUAUACUUAUAUAUGAAUGAAUAAAUAUAUC